GUUUUGGAAGGCGAGCUGGAGGGGCGCCAGGUCGCGGUCAAGCGGCUGCUGGGGCAGUUCUACGAGAAGGCCACGAAAGAGAUUGCCAACCUAGUUAUCUCGGACGAGCACCCGAACGUCGUCCGGUGCUACGCGAUGGAAGAAGACGGCGACUUUGUGUACGUCGCCCUCGAGCGGUGCAAGCUCAGCGUGUUUGAUCUGAUCCAGGGGGACGAAACGCCUGCCAGCGGCGACCCCCCGGCGAGCCGAGCACCUCCGGGGGGGUGCGAAAUGGCAGGGCCCGGAGGGGGGCGAAAGGGGAGGAGUGGGUCCUUUGGGACGAACGGGAUCGCCCCACGGAAACGCUGCAGCGGCUGUUGAAAGAUAUGGUGUCCGGGCUUGCGCAUUUGCAUGCGCUUGGGAUCGUGCAUCGGGAUCUGAAGCCGCAGAACGUGCUGAUAAGCGUGGCGGGGCGCGCGAAGCUGUCGGAUAUGGGCAUCAGCAAGCGGCUGCUGGACGAGCAGAGCUCCUUCGACCCGCAUGCAACGGGUGCCGGGAGCAGCGGGUGGCAGGCCCCCGAGCAGUUGCUGCAUGGGCGGCAGACGCGCGCGGUGGACCUCUUCUCGCUCGGCUGCGUCCUCUUCUUCUGCAUCACGGGCGGGCGGCACCCGUUUGGCGAGCGCUUCGAGCGCGACAGCAACGUGCUGAAAGGCGAGCCCGACCUGUGGCCGCUCCAGCACAUGCCCGAGGCCGCGCACCUCGUCGGGGCGCUGCUGCGGACGGACCCCCUGGAGCGGCCCACUGCGGAAGAGGCUCUGCUGCACCCCUUCUUCUGGUCUGCCGAGAAGCGCCUCGCGUUCCUGCGCGACGCGAGCGACCGCGUGGAGCUGGAAGACCGGGAAGAGGGAUCCCUCCUGUUGGCGGCGAUGGAGAGCGUCGGGCAGAGCGCGGCGAUCGGCGCAUGGGACGUGCAACUAGACAAGGCGCUUCUAGAAAACUUGGGGAAGUACCGGCGGUAUAACAGCCGCAGCAUCCGGGAUUUGUUGCGGGUCAUCCGCAACAAGUGCAAUCAUUACCGGGAGCUCCCGCAGAGCGUCAAGGAGCUCCUGGGGCCAUUGCCGGACGGUUUUCUUUCAUAUUUCACCGGCAAGUUUCCCCAUCUACUCAUGGAGGUGUACAAGGUUCUAUACACUCACUGCAAACAAGAAGAUGUGGUGGGCAAGUAUUUUAGAAACGUACAUAUCCAGGCGUGAGUUUUGCACGUGUUCACCUAAGAUUCUCUGUGUUUGUAAAGGACAGAAACCUAUUGGGACCUCAGUUUUGGAUGUGCGUUUGGAGUCCUUGAGUGGAGUCCAACAUACCAUAAAACCAGUGCGAACUGUGUAUGCUCGUUCAUCGGAAGUCUCAAGUGAUUGUGGCUGAAUAGAGUGACCGUCAGAGCCAUUGUACAAAGCCCUGAUUGUUAGAGCAGUCUGUUCGAAGAGGACUCCGUUGAUCAUAAGUGGUACCU